CCUGAUCCGAAAUAGAACAGUCCGAAGUCAAAAGUUCACCUACAGCUGGUGCACCGGGCAGCAGUUCUCAGAUCCAUGGACACCUGUGAUGCCCAGUGACUGACAGGAGACAGCACUAUGAGGUACAGCAGCACCAGGGGUGGGGUCAAAGGGCAGACGUUUGAGCAGGCGCUGUUCUCAGGAUACUGCAGUGAUGGAGGACUGCUGCUCCCCGAUGCUGUCCCACAGAUUCCCCAAGAAACUUUGCUGACCUGGUCUGACUUGUCUUAUGUGGACCUUUGUAAGGAGAUUCUUCCCCUCUUUGUGGACGACACAGAAAUACCAAGGAAAGACCUCCAUGGACUGAUAGACAGAGCCUUCUCUAGGUUCAGACACCCAGAUGUGGUGAACAUUGCCAGACUUAAGAAGGGCCUGAAUGUCUUAGAGCUGUGGCAUGGGGCAACACUGGCCUUCAAGGACCUGGCUCUGUCUUGUGUGGGACAGUUCUUGGAGUACUUCUUGGACAAGAGGAAGAAACAUGUCACCAUUGUUGUUGGGACGUCUGGUGACACGGGCAGUGCGGCCAUUGAGGCUGUCCGGGGGCUGAAGUGGGUGGACAUCGUGGUCCUGCUGCCCCACGGCCGCUGCAGCAGGAUUCAGGAGCUGCAGAUGACCACUGUUCUGGAUGAUAAUGUCCACGUGUUCGCAGUGGACGGCACGUCUGAUGACUUGGACUAUCCCAUCAAGCAGUGCUUCGUGGACGCAGAGUUUGUGCAGAAACACAACCUGAUGAGCAUCAACUCCAUCAACUGGGCCCGCGUCAUGGUGCAGACUGUGCACCACUUCUACGCCUACUUCCAGAUGUGCAGGUCAUGUGACCAGGAGGUAGAGAUUGUGGUGCCUACAGGAGCGAUGGGUAACAUCACAGCCGGGUGUAUAGCUAAGAUGAUGGGCCUGCCUGUGAAGUUUGUGAGCACGGUGAAUGUUAAUGACAUUGUGGACCGAGCUCUGAAGCAUGGAGACUUCUCCAUGGCAGACAAGGUCAUCCCAACAUCCUCCAACUCCAUGGAUAUACAGGUGCCUUAUAACUUUGAGAGAAUCCUGUACCUGUUCUCAGGCCAGGACUCAGCCCUGGUGGCCAGACUCAUGAGGGAGUUUGAGGCUACAGGGAAGACUGUCAUCCCUGACAAUCUUCUUCACAAGCUGCAGGCAGUGAUGAGAUCCUACAGUGUGACAGAAGCUGACACCUUGCUGGCCAUGAGGACAUGUUGGGAGGAGAACCAGUAUCUGUUAUGUCCUCACACUGCUGUUGCUGCUUUCUACCACAUGGCACAAGAAAGCACCAGUCCCAGUUUGCGAGUGUGUGUGGCCACGGCAGCAGCAGCUAAGUUCCCCGAGGCUGUGGAGAAAGCCGGCCUGCUGCCCCAGCCCACCCCAGAACUGCAGGCCCUGGACUCCAUGCCCACCAGGUACCAGGACAUGAAACAGGGACAGGACUGGGAGGCCAUGCUCAGGACCAAAAUACAAACUCUGCACUCCAAGUAGACAUUGAACACUUGUAGUGCAGAACUUGUCUUUGACAUCUGCUGAGUUUCUG